UUGCGCCUGUCGGGUUCCGCGUGAGCGCGCGCUAGGGUGCACGUCAGUGCGCCUGGCGGGUGUGUCUCAGUGGCUGUGGUGCCGUAUGAGUCUGAGCAUGUCUGCCAGGGUGCAUUUCUGCCUGUAUGUACGCGUUCCGGUGGGCACUCUCUUCUCUCUUUCCGAAUGUAGGAGAGUGUACGUGCGCUGUGCUCUGCCCUGAGACCUCAGGCCACACAGGCUGCCGGGGCGGACAGGUAGCAGUCACAGAAGAGCCAAGAGCUCUCAGGCUGACUGGUAAGCUCGCCCGCCCCAGCUUUAGCCCUUUGGGGCCAGCCAAGGUAGCUGGGAGGAGGUGGUGGCCCGCCCGCCAGGGAGCAGCUGGGCCCCGCCCGGGUCAGCCCCAAGAGCGGGGCAGGCCAGGGGAAGGGAGUGAAAGGGAGGAGGGCCGCUCCCCUUCGGGGCUCCCGGCGCCGCAUUGGACGAAAGUUUCUCUACGUCAUCGGGAAGGCAGGUCCUCUAAAGUCCUGCGCACAUAACGGGCAGAGCGCACUCCAAGGCGGCUUCUCCAGAGUGCAGGCUGGAACCGGCGAGCACAGCGAGCUCAGAGCACCCCGCAAACUGAGAGUGCGGAAUGCGCCCCCACCGCACCUACCCCCCGGCGGCUGAAUGAGGAUUCCAGGCGUCCGCUCGCUGCCCGCAGCGCCCCGCCGGAGGUCUGCCCGCUGAGGCUCUGGCAGCCCGUGCGUUCACCUGCCAGCCAGCGCGCCAUGGGGCAGCCCGGGAAUGACACCGUCUUCUUGCUUGCGCCCAACGGAAGCCAUGCGCCGGACCACGAUGUAACACAGGAACGGGACGAGGCUUGGGUGGUGGGCAUGGGUAUCGUCAUGUCACUCAUCGUCCUGGCCAUCGUGUUUGGUAACGUGCUGGUCAUCACUGCCAUUGCCAGGUUUGAGCGUCUGCAGACAGUCACCAAUUACUUCAUCACUUCUCUGGCCUGUGCUGACCUGGUCAUGGGCCUGGCUGUGGUCCCCUUUGGGGCCAGCCAUAUCAUCAUGAAAAUGUGGACUUUUGGCAACUUCUGGUGCGAGUUUUGGACUUCCAUUGAUGUGCUGUGCGUCACGGCCAGCAUUGAGACCCUGUGCGUGAUCGCAGUGGAUCGUUACGUUGCCAUCACAUCACCCUUCAAGUACCAGAGCCUGCUGACCAAGAAUAAAGCCCGGGUGGUCAUUCUGAUGGUGUGGAUUGUGUCAGGCCUUACCUCCUUCCUGCCCAUCCAGAUGCACUGGUACCGGGCCACCCACCAGGAGGCCAUCAACUGCUAUGCCAAGGAGACCUGCUGUGACUUCUUUACGAACCAAGCCUAUGCCAUUGCCUCCUCCAUUGUGUCCUUCUACGUGCCUCUGGUAAUCAUGGUCUUUGUCUACUCCAGGGUCUUCCGGGUGGCCAAAAGACAGCUCCAGAAGAUUGACAGGUCUGAGGGCCGCUUCCAUGCACAGAACCUCAGCCAGGGUGAGCAGGAUGGGCGAAGUGGGCAUGGACUCCGCAGAAGCUCCAAGUUCUGCUUGAAGGAACACAAAGCCCUCAAGACACUGGGCAUCAUCAUGGGCACUUUCACCCUCUGCUGGCUGCCCUUCUUCAUCGUCAACAUUGUGCAUGUGAUCCAGGAUAACCUCAUCCCUAAGGAAGUUUACAUCCUCCUGAACUGGGUGGGCUAUGUCAAUUCUGCUUUCAAUCCCCUUAUCUACUGCCGAAGCCCAGAUUUCAGGAUUGCCUUCCAGGAACUCCUGUGCCUACGCAGGUCUUCUUUGAAGGCCUUUGGGAAUGGCUACUCCAACAACAGCAAUGGCAAAAGUGACUACUCAGGGGAGCAGAGUGCCUAUCACCUGGAACAGGAGAAAGAAAGCAAACUGCUGUGUGAGGAGGCCCCAGGCACGGGAGACUUUGUGAACUGUCAAGGUACUGUGCCUAAUGAUAGCAUUGAUUCACAAGGGAGAAAUUGUAGCACAAAUGACUCACUGCCAUAAAGCAGUUUUUCUACAUUCUAAGAUCCCCCAACCCAACAGAACACUAAAUAGACUAUUUAACUUGAGUGUAAUAAAUUUAGAAUAAAAUUGUAUAGAGAUGUGCAGGAGGGAGGGCAUCCUUCUGCCUUUUUUUUAUUUUUUUAAGCUGUAAAAAGAAACCCAGAAAAUGUAUUUGAGUGACUAUUUGUUCCUUGUACAGUUCAGUUCCUCUUUGCACAGAACUUGUAAGUUUAUGUCUAAAGAGUUUUAGUCCUCGAGGACCUGGGUCUGCUAUGUUGUGAUGUCUUUUCCACGUAUCUACCUCACUGGUGAAGUAUUAAGGGUAAUAUAUUGCUGCUUCUAUCUGAAGGAGAUAUUCCUUCCUGCACCCUUGGACUUGAGGCUCUUGAGUAUCUUGGACCUCUCAUCUGUGAACAUGGACUCUCCCUCGUUCCUCUUAUUUGCUCAAACGGGGUGAUGUAGGCAGGGAUUUGAGGGGCAGCUUCAGUUGUUUUGCUGAGCAAGGUCUAAUGUUUACAGUCAAUAAAUUGUUUAACCAUG